AUGGUCCAGGUUGACCGCGCCGAACCCUAUGACACGAAUACCGUUGUUGGCGCAUCCUAUUCACACGCCGACAUAGCAAAUACGUUGACUCGGACACCACCGAGAUCCUCCCCAAAUGCCGCACAGGGUCGCGGCGUCACGCUUCCCCUCUCGCAUCUUGAGGGGCGAAAGGCGCCCUCUCCAAGCCACCCUUAUAAUACCAUCCUAUCACCUUCAAAUCGUAAUUGGGGUUAUGGAAAUGAUGUCAAUAAUGAAGACGAGGAUGACGAGAUAUUUUAUGAUGAUGACGAAGAUGAAUUUGGUCUCCCCAGCAUUGCCAGCAUGCGCAAAAAGGGAAAGAGCUCUAAGAAAUCUCAGCCCACAUACAAAACCAACAAUUCACUAUCGGGAAACUCAUCGCUCAAUGUGGAUUUCGACGCAGCCGCUCGACCACGGGCUAAUAGUUCGGAUAUUGCAGAGGAACGAAACGUUUCGUUGUAUCCAUCGACAAAGAAAACAGAAGGCAAGAUUCUUCGUCCUCAAUACAAAGACAUCUUAAAAGACCCCGCCAACUCUUUGAACCUAAUUAAUCAUUCGCCGCCUCCUUCGGAUGCAACCCCUAGUCAACGAGAAGCUCACUCUGCGCGAAUCUCGAGGAUCAACAAAUUUAAACGGAUCUUGCAGGCGAGUACCGUGUCAUUAUCCGAGCUCCGAGCCCUGGCUUGGUCUGGUGUCCCUGAUGAAGUGCGAGCUAUGACCUGGCAGUUGCUGCUAGGCUAUAUGCCGACCAAUAGCGAGCGCCGCAUCUCGACCCUUGAAAGAAAGCGCAAGGAAUACCUUGAUGGCGUUCGUCAGGCAUUCGAGCGAGUUUCGGCGUCUGGCGGGACCACUUCCGGAAAUGCAAGUUCUGGCCGUGGUAGGGGCUUGGAUGAAGCAGUAUGGCAUCAGAUCAGCAUCGAUGUUCCCCGAACAAGUCCACAUUUGCAGUUAUAUGGCUACGAGGCAACCCAGAGGUCUCUGGAAAGGAUAUUGUAUGUUUGGGCUAUACGGCAUCCUGCAAGCGGCUACGUGCAGGGAAUUAAUGACCUUGUGACUCCGUUUUGGCAGGUCUUUCUAGGAGCCUAUAUCACAGACAUGAAUGUUGAGGAAGGGAUGGACCCAGGUCAGCUGCCGAGAUCUGUGCUUGAUGCGGUAGAAGCCGAUUCAUUCUGGUGCCUUACGAAACUUCUUGAUGGCAUUCAGGACAACUAUAUCUACGCUCAGCCAGGCAUACAACGCCAAGUGAAAGCAUUACGCGAUUUGACUAAACGGAUUGAUUCUGGAUUAGCCAAACACUUGGAAAAAGAAGGCGUCGAGUUUAUGCAGUUCAGCUUUCGAUGGAUGAAUUGUCUGCUUAUGAGGGAAAUGAGUAUAAGGAGUACAAUUAGAAUGUGGGAUACUUACAUGGCUGAGGAGCAAGGAUUCUCCCGAUUUCAUCUAUAUGUCUGCGCCGCCUUCCUUGUCAAGUGGACCGACAGGUUACUUAAGAUGGACUUCCAGGAAAUCAUGAUGUUCCUUCAAGCGCUUCCAACGAAGGAUUGGACUGAAAAAGAAAUCGAGUUGUUGUUAAGCGAAGCGUUUAUUUGGCAGAGUUUGUUCCAAGACUCAAGCGCACAUCUGCGACAAGAUGGCGAAGAUACCCCUAGUGGAUUUAUGUUCUGA